AUGAAGGGAGUGCGUGGAGGAGGCGCAACAGCAAGAAGGAGGGGGUGGUGGCAAGAUGUGCUGCUACCCGAGGGCUAUCCCGAGAGCGUGUCGGGGGACUAUGCCACCUACCAGACGUGGGACACGGUCCAGGCGCUGUGCAGUUCCAUCACGGGCCUCCUCUGCACCCGCGCUCUUCUUCAAGGGGUGGGGGUGGGCGACGUGGGCGCCACGCCAGGGGCAGCGGCGGUGCAGUGGGCGCUGAGGGACGGCGCGGGCAUGGUCGGCCGCAUCGGCUUCGCAUGGCUUCAGGCACUAGGGAAGUGA